AUACGAUAUGGAUUACUUCGUAAAUUUAAGAAAUAAGAUAAAAAAGAUAUCACCUAAUAGAGCGCAACCUACUGAUGCCGAGCAAUUAGCAAAGUUUCGUGAAUCAUGGAACUAUAUCGAAUCACAAUUUAAUAACGAGGAAAAAAAAAAACAGCUUCCCGAUGACGUGAAACAGUCCGACAUUCCAUUACAUCUCCAAGAAAUGGUGAAUAUUCUUGUUGACGAAGGUUUGCGACUCGAGGACGUGAAUACAGGUCUCUGCAGAGAAGAAUUUUUGAAAAGCAAAAUUCUCGACAAAUUGGUUAAACUUGCUACUAACGAUGUUCCAAAAGGAAUUUGUGGCGAAAUUAUCCGGACUAUUGGUUCUAUGAUUAAUUUAUUAGAUGAUCGGUUUUUAGUUCAUAAUGCCGUUCAUCAACCGACUGUCUCCCUUAUGAUUAAUUUAUUGGAUGAUCGGUUCUUAGUUGCUAAUACCGUUCAUCAGGCGAAUGUUUCUCUUUUGCAAGAAAAAUAUGAAAAAUAUGAUGAAGAUCUGGCUGAUUUAAUGUAUAAAAUAU